AGACCGCACGAGCGUGUGUGCGUGCCGGCGACGAGAUCGUGGGCGGCGGCGGCGGUCUCGCCAUCGAGGAACCUAAGAGCAGAAUCUUCCCAAGUAAGAUGGCAACGUGCCGACGAUCAUGGUCAGACAUACCAUCAGAGCUUGCAGGCCUGGUCCUUCUCCGCCUCCCUGCCCACUCUGACGGCAUCCGUUUCGCAGCCGUAUGCCGCCAGUGGUGCAUCUCCGCAAAGCAGCAACACCUGCCCCCUCCUUUGCCAUGGUUCAUACUCCCCGGAGGCACCUUCUUCAGCUUACCCCACAGUGCAUCCUUCCAGAUCCCCAACGGUGCUGAAUUCCACAGCUCCUGCGGCGAGUGGCUUGUUUUCUCAGGUGACUACACCUGCUCCUUGGUAAACACCACCACCAAGGUCACCUUGGCUCUCCCUGACCUGGAUGAAUUUGACCUCAUCGAUGAGCCUGAUGAAGUUAUCAACGGUCAUAGCAUAGCAUACACAUUACUUGACCAGAAUAAAACCAUCUCAAUAUACAAGCUCAUUGUAUGCUCAGGUCUCCUUGUUGCUGCCAUCGUUGACCUUGGGGAUCUCCAGACUCUUGCAUUUUGUCGUCCGGGAGGUGACCUAUGGUUUGUGAGUGCGCUUGGCUGCGACAGAUCCCUUGAAGACAUAAUUCACCAUGAAGGUAAGCUGUACACAGCUGAUGGGUGGAGGAACCUUUACGUCAUCGAUGUUGAAGAGGACAGUGAGAGCAGUACGCUAAUCAUGUCUCGGACUGAGUGCAUCAUCAACGGUCCUCCCUUUCCCUUCAAGCAGUUACCACAUUGCCUUAUCAUAUCCCAUGAAUACCUCGUUGAAUCUCGUGGUGCCCUGCUGCUGGUCCGUGGAACAUUCUUCGCUGACAAGGAGUGGGAGUCCGGGCCCAGGGUGUCGAGGAUCGAAUUUGAGGUGUUUGAGGCAAACUUGCAGUUGUUGCAGUGGGUACAGAUGACGAGCGUGGGGAUGAUUGGGCUCUGUUUGUCGGGCCAAGAAGUUCCAAGUCUGUCUGCGUGUCUCAGUACAAGGUAAAGGGGAACUCUUAUCUUCUUCCUCGAUGAUGGCAACUGCAGCUUGUAUUGGGAUCAUGCGCCGAGCGCGCCGAGUUCUUACGCUAUAUACGACAUGAGUGAUGAAACUGUCCGCUCCCCGCUUCCCGAUGGAUCAAAGGCAAGAAAGCGCCACCGACAUGGCAUUUCCCUCCAGGCUCAGAUGGAUGAGUCCCUGUGACGUGCAGAUCAGAUUAGGGCCGUGCAUGCAACACCGCAAGUGAUGAUCGGUUAAUCGUUAUCAACAACAGAUGUCUUUUGAAGAUGUCAUUUGAAUCUAAACCGUGUUCAUUCUGGGUCAGUUGUAGCAAGAUUAUACUCCGAAGAAUGGUUGUUCUACUGGGGCUUUUCUAGCCUCCUUGAAGAACUAUGUUGCUUAGUUGUCCCUUGAGGAAGUUAUAUGUGUGUUGCUGGCAAGUAGUUAUAUAUGCUCUGAUCCGUUCACGGAGCUCAUCGUUUUCCACAUGGACAGAAUCGUGAAAGCAGAACUUAUGACCGUGCAUUUCGCAAUUGUAGUGGUCCUGUUUUCUUUGUUGGCUAUUAAAGCAACAGGAACAGAAA